AUGGCUAAGGGCACAAAUGACACCCAGAGGAACAACUCCAUCAACGAAGAGUUACUAUUGGAAAUUAAGAAAAUGGAGAAAGAGCUAAAGAGGCGAUAUGAGGAAUACGAGGAGCUGAACAAUAGCUACCGGGAGGUUUACGACUCCUACAUUGUGAGCAAGACAAAUCUGGAUGAGACGACAAAUAGUUACGAAGGGGAAAUCCUGAAAUUAGAAACGAUGAUAACGGAAAAGGAGAACCAGUAUUCGGACCUGCACGAAAGUUUUCAAGAAUUGCUGGAAGAUAAAUGUAAACUGGAGGCAGAACUUGAGGGCUACCAAAAGGCCAUAUACGAGAUGGAGGAAAACUGCGCUUCGUUAAAGGAGUCUCACAAGGAGGAACUAAAAGAAAUCCAAGAAGAGAUAUCCAACCUAUCCUCCCAAAUGAGCAACAUGAAUGAGGAGCUAGAGUUUGCCAAGGAAAGAUGUAGAGAGCUGGAGAAAUUGAAUGAGGAAAGAGCAUCCACGAUCGAAACCCUAAAUGGGAAAAUUGAGGAUUUAAAAGAGGAGAAGAAACUGCUCGGGAUCGACAUGGAAAUUAUCAAAGUGCAGCAAGAUAGAAUUCACGAAGAGAUGAAGCAGCUGCAUAAGGAAAAGGAGGAAGUAUCUCGAGAAAGGGAGGAAUUGUGUAGAGCAAGAGAAGAAUUGUAUAGAGAACGGGAAGAACUUGAACAAGAAAAAGAACGCAUAGAUAAAUGCAGGGAUGAGUUACUGCAGGAGAAGGAACUCAUACAGACGGAUAGAGAUCUACUGGGAAAGGAAAGACAAAGACAGGAAAAUAAUAUGAAAAAUAUAAUCAUAAAAUUUAACGAUUUGCAGAAGGAACUUGAUGAUCUUGCGUCGGAUAAUUCGACGAAGGAGUCCUGCUUACGGGAGAGCGAACAAAGGGUGCUGGCAAUGGAGAAGGAGGCCUCCCUGUGGAAGAACAAGAUCGCCAACCUGGACCAGAAGGUGCAGGAGCUAAAGAGCGAACUGGCCACCGAGAGGCAGAAUAGUAGCCAACUGCAGCAGGAUGCAGAGAAUAAAACUGGAGAACUCCUCAAGAGGGACUCUAUUAUUCAGGUUUUAUAUAGCAAGCUGAAAGAGAAAGAGGGAGAGUUGGUACUAUUCCAGAAUGAAAAUUUGUCUCUGAAGAAUCACAAAGAGGAGCUCAGCAAAAUUUGGGACAGCAGGACAAGCGAAAUGACCAGCAUCGAAGCUGAUUUAUAUCAAAAGCUAUCCAAUUUAAUCAUUAAGAACAAGAUCCGGGAUAGGGACGAUAUGCGCUUUGAUGGGCAUCCUCAGUCUUUCCUUCUCAAAACGCUGUGGUCUGGCUACGUAGACAUUUGCAAGAGUAUCCUUAAAUCGAGGGAUGGGUACCUGUACAGCGGAAGUACAAGCCAUCGCUUCAUUUGCGCCUACAAUACGGACUUGUUCCUGGACGUGAAGCAGGAAAGCGCGAAGAAGUACCUGCUUUCCUACAGGAACGUAACAAGGGGAAUCUUCCAGAUCAAUGAAGACGAGGUGAAGAGCCUGGUGUACGUCGGCCCCCUCAGCAAGUGCCAAGGACACAGCGUUUCCCCAUGCAGCGAUAAAGUUAACCUCGAAAUGACCAAAGGGCAAAGUUGCAAUUAUGUGUUUGAAGAAAUGUACGUAACUAAGAAGGGGACCAAAAUAGUCUUGAUCAAGGAGAAGCAGACAGGCAUGUACUUUAGUGGCUUGCAUAGAAAUAUGCCACCACAGGAAAAUGAAAAAAAGAAGACAGGGGUAGACAAACUAGAAUACAACAAUGUUGUGUGCACGCUAAUUAAUUAUAUGACCAAUGAGGAGAAGGAGAAAUCCAAGGGCGACAUUAUUUUGAAGACAUCCAACCAGAAGGUUAAGAUUGAAAGUGGCGAGGAAUCCAUGGAGGGAGUGAACAAAACGCGUCUUGUUAAAAACCAGCAGGAUAAACCUAACCGUGGAAACUCUUCAAAAGGAGAAUCAGCAAUAAUGGGUAGAAAUAAAGGUGAAACAAAAGGAGCUGUAAAAACAGAAGUAGGAAAGAAGAACACCAAGUUGGCUUUGCCCCCCUCUACCGUCUGCCCCAAAGGGAAUUACAAGCAAGUAAAAAAGGAGCAGAAAAUGAGUGAAGAAAAUUUACAUAGGUAUAAUAUAGCCAAAGAAAUGCUGCUCCUUCCCGGGAGCAAUGACAGCAGUGGUAGCAACGGAUGCGAUGCCAACAACCGUGGAGAGGAUAACCGAGGCAGUGAGGGAGGGGACAGCGCGAGUACAGAGGAUGGAGGGCGUGUGACUCUCUUCCAUUUGAAAAAUGAAUACGGGAAUGAUACGGAGGAGGAGUCAAAAUGUGUCGAAAAGGAGAAAAUGGGCACAUCACGCACGGAUGGGAAGAAUCCUGUCGAGUCAUUUUUAAAACACCGUGAUGGAGUAACUUAUAGUGUCGUUUCCCUUGCCAACACAGGCGACUUUAACGAUACGAACAUUGUGCUGACUAUAAACAAGGAGGAGGCAAUUUUGUUCGAAGUUUUUAAUUAUGAGCAGAUAGCAGAGCAUGACGCUGUGAGAUUCGCUUCGGAGUAUGUACUGCACUUACUUUCCAACUGGGAGAAGGGCGGCAACUGCCCCUCUUCGCAGGAUGCUUCGUCCACCACUGUGUGCAGUGAACACAACUCUAACGUUUUCACGUUGCUUGAUGGAGAUUGGUGCAUCCUCCCUGCGUACAUGUAG